UGUUUUGACAGAUAGGCUACAGGCUUUCCUUUUGUCUGUGAAUAGACAUGUAACGAUCGAUCUAGCAUGAAGGACGAUGUUCACAGUCCACCACAACGCUGAACUAUGGUGUAGAGGAGGAACCCAGGCCUUUUCCUGUCGCAUUACGACUUGAAGAAAUUAGCACAGCUACAAAUGUACAGUUGUGAUGAAUGGAGAGACGUGCCGGGUUCUGCCAAGAGAUGGGAGGCGCUUUUCAAUCGAUGGCUUUAAUUACCGUCAAUGGUGCCUUUGCUCACCGCAGUCCUAAACCAACCAGCUCAACCAAUCGUUCAUAACAAUGAGUGAAAUUUGUUGCAGGAAUUCUUCCGCACUCAUUUGGCAAUGAACGCCACGGUGUAAAGUCACGUGAGGUGCACGCGCUCCUCGGGAUCGCUGGACGUGUCGUCUGCUCCGUCCUCGUUUUACAGAUCAUUGCACGAAUACAGAUAAAAAAGGAAUCGAAAUCUCCUCCAAAUAUUUUGUGACACUCUUUAAAUGACAAUUGGCGAUUUGGUUGUAGAAUACUGGAUGACAGGAUGUCAAAAACAAACCUAUCAACGUGUUCCUGUUAAGUAUUGGCGAUACCAGGAUCAUCGAAAAUCGAACAACCUACUCCAUAUCCAUCAACAGAAGUAGUCCCAGCGAUACCGUCACCUUACAACAAGGAGGUAUAAGUUUAAACAGACAGACAGCUGGAGAGAAGGUUAGCCCGUAAUUCAUCAAUAUGCCAUUAUAGCUACCAUUAAAAGUCGGAUCAAAAGCGCAAAGGACGGCUCGAAGAUCUGCUUCUGGACGCACUUCUAGUCUUUAACUGCAGCUGAACGAAACACACACCUGUGUAAGGACCGCUAAUCCUCAAUCAUCUCCUAAAUCUCUGCCGGGGUUUCUGUCUCAUCUUCCAUUCAUUGGCAGGCUGGCGUGGCCCGGGAGUUCCGCAGAGAUUGGUGACAGAGAGUCUGGUCAUGAGAGUGUUUACCUUGCAGACUGGUCGGAAGUAUCUCUCACGUAACUACCGCUGUUGGAGGAGCUCCAUUGUGUUUGUCAGUAGAACCCAAGCAUAACUUUAUCAAUUUCCUGAAGCAAGGCUGAAAGUCCUGUACGAUCGGAUCCCAGAGUAGAUGUAAAUAUGGACAGACAUGAGGAACGUAACCUUACAGACGUCACAUGACCAUUACGGCGAGAUAUGAUUGGUCGACAGAAACCUAAACGUCAACGCCGCACAAAGGACACGUAAUAAACGGGAGAUUUGUAAGGGUUCCAUGACGCCAUGCUGUAAAUUAUGGAACGGACAAGCUGACUAUUGCAUGCUCAGAAAUCAUUGGACUUAUUGCGAGACAAAAAGUGGGAAACAUAAAGACUGACGUCUGCUCUCUGCGCAGCAGACGACAAUAAAGAAGACAAAUAGAGAUUUUACGAGGACAGUGACAGAUCGAAUCUUGCAAAAGGGAAUUUAAAAUGCAAACUUUCUGACAGACGAAAACUUCAGCUUGUUUGCCGACCUGGAAGUUUUGAUAUUAGCUGGCGGUGUCAAUUCAAAGGAACGUGAUUGUUGAUUUAAAUGUCCAGAUGUAGCAGACAACGAUUUCAAUAAGAAACCAACAUACGCAGUAGUAUUUCAUCCCGCUCAGAACGUCUACAUCGUCUUUGAAGUUGCUCUUGGUUCCCCAGCAGAACAUAGAGCAAACAAUAUUCGUUUAACUUUAUCACUCACAAAAGGUCAAUGAGCUUCAGCGGCAGAUGUCAUUUAAGUAAAGCCAGUUAAGCCGGUGCGGUAAUACGCGUUGUACAAGCUUUCCAGACUCCAGAUAUUUGAUAUAGAGAAGCUCUUAAGAUGAAUAUGGUACAGAAAAGCCUAAAAGCCUUAUAAGUGGAAGCUUAAGAAGAUUCAUGCUUUUCAUCCCGUGACGGUUGAUUUAUGGCUUUCUGAUGGACUUGAACGACUUGAAACUGAUACAAGCACCCAUUGCAAAGUGCCCGUGAGACUUGACGAAAGCGAUAUACUUCAGUUAAAUAGUAUUAGUAAUCAGACCGACGAUAUUAUUGUUCAAGUGUUUUACGUCUUCUCGAGUUUUAUCCAGCCGAUUAUAAUGACAAUUGUCCAAUCUCAAACAUAACUACACAUAUUGAGGAACCGGCUGAUGUUCUUGGUCGUUCUAUUGGUAUUCGCUAUAGCAGAGAGACAUCUCUUAAUAUUGUCUCCUCGCUUACGUUUAGUUUCAAGAAUUUGUUCGUCUUAAUUCUUCUAUUCUGAGUCAUACGCUAUUGCGACGUUCGAUCAUUGAAAAAUGAACGAAGUGGAACCCAACGUCGUGAAAACCAAUAUUCCCCGUGUGUGAUACGCCUGGAGAUUGAACAGGUGUUUAUUGCAAACAGGGAUCUCAGACAUUACACGUUUUUUAAAUGAAACCGAUUUAGCCCACUAUUAUCUUGUACACGUGGAACCUAAAGGAAGCGAAGUGUUAGGAGACGCAGGAAUGGUAAUCUUUAGAUAUAAACAUAAUAACAAGAUUGUGUUCCCCACAGACAAAUUGACCGUGUAGAGAUAGAACCGUAAACCAGCAUGACUGAUGGUUGUGAAUGGAAUCCUGCUAUUGCAUGAUUAAGGAAUAAUCGGCUUAAUUCCAUCUUUAGUGUGUAUGAUCAAAUGAAAUUGAUUUCCUAAACCACGUCUGUUGUUUUACAUACAGACUCGCAUCGUUGCCGUUCAAGCGUCAUAUUUCAGUCUCUUAGCAGCCUCGUUGGCAAUGGCUUGUAAUUUUGGUCUCAUUUGGCUUUGUUUGGGCUUGAGUCGGACGCUGUGAAAUCUCCGUGGAGCUGGCUGCACGUUGUGGGGAAAACGCCCAUGUGGGGCUUUAAACCUGAUUACUGUAGCCAAACAUGAUUAUUGGUUUAGCACGAAGCCAUGCGCUUGAUCUUAGACAGAUACAGACGAAUUAAACUACGCUCACCUCCCUGGACAUACAGCGCUACAGACUCACUUCCUCAGCGUAAACAUAAUGUCUCAAAGGGAUUAUUCCAUUUAGGUUUUGGACAGUUUUCAGUUUGAAUAUUAUGUAAUGAAUAAUUGACUGGUUGGAGUUCAUGCAUGUGACUAACAUCUGUUGCUGUUCGGGCGCGACAGAAACGUUUUCAUCAAGAGAUAUCGUUGUGGAAGUAACUGCUAGUUUGGCAUUUGGGCGUGAUAGGUCCAGAGGGACUUAGCUAUAUCGGCUGCAAGCGCUGCUAACUUAAUGAACGCGUGGCUGUGAUGUGACCAUAUCGAUAGAUACGGAGCUAUGGAAUAUAAUGUUACUUCUACCGCUUCCAAUUUAACCGACUGGGCUGUGGGCAACAUUUCCACCACAGGGAUGUCCUCUUCUACCAUGUCGGCGAUGUGGACGUCAGAGACGCGACAACCGGCAACAGAGACGACAUCCGCAGCACCGGAGACGACAUCUUUUGUGACAGAUACUUGGACGAACGCAGUAACGGACUUGUGGACAAGUGACGUUUCGUCGGAAAGUGUGUCGUCUGCUUUGUCUUCCGAACUGACGUCUGCUAAUUGGAUAAGGGAAACAACGUCUGCCGCGACCAGUUACUUCACUGAAACGAUCACAUACGUUGACAACGACACAGCUGGCUACAAUCGGACGACAUCUCCUGUGAUAGACUUUGUGACUACAGCCACCACUGUCUUGACGUACAUGACAUCGCACGAAGCUUAUAAAGGGAUACCAAUUGAUGCACUCGUGCUGAAAACAGUCUCCCUUGUGCUUAUAGCAUUAUCUGGAGUUGCCGGUAAUGGGUUCAUCAUUUACACAAUUGUCAAAGAAGGCAAUCUCCAUCGUCCUCCAUUUUAUUACCUGCUAAGCCUUUGUGUGUCAGACUUGUCCCGAGCGGUGUUUUGUGUUCCACUUGUGCUAAUGACGGUGCUGCAGGGGUCUGUGUGGAAAUAUGGAACCUCUGCCUGCAAACUCUUUGCCUUUGCCAACUCUUUCUUCAUCUACAGUUCAUCUGGAGCUAUAUUAGCGAUAUCGAUAGAUCGACAUUUCUCAAUUGUGUAUUCCAAAUUUUACAAACGGAGAUCCAGAGGGCUUGUCAACCUUAUUGUGGUUGUGGUUGGCUGGACAAUCGCUUUUGCAAUGUCCUUCCCGCCCGUGGUAGGAAUCGGCACAUACGUCUUCAUUCCGGAGGAAAGCCAGUGCACCUUUCAUCACAGAUACUACAAGUCCAACGAUACACUGGGAUUCAUGCUUGUGUUCUCUGUUAUUGUCUUCGUAUCUGUGUUCCUCUACUUGCGGGUGUUCUCCUUUCUGAGAUCUCACAGGAAGAUGCGCCCACUGGAGCACCAGCCUGCACGGAGUUCCAACUGGACAUUCUUCGGCCCCGGGGCAAAUGGACAAGCACUUGUUAACGUCAUGAAUGGAUUCGGUGCCAAUCCGGCGAUGAAUCCGCUACGGAUGCAGGUGCGUCCAAAUUUUGGCAGGGUUGUGAAUUUGCAUAUUGUGAAAAAUGAACACCUUACGAGGUUAUUUUUUGUUGUAACCUGUUCGUUCAGCUCGCUGUGGUUUCCUUAUAUUGUGCUUGCGUUUUGGCGAAUGUUUGGUGACACUGGAACGAUUGGAUCUGUGUUCGUGACCAUUGCUGCUUGGCUAACAUACACCCAGGUGGCGCUGUGCCCUCUUAUGUAUAUUGUGUCCCGUGGACCAAUCAGGAAGCAUUCUCGGACAGUACUUGAUGCAAAUGACAAGAAGGAGUUUCUUUUAGAAACAAGGAACCGGAAAUGAACGAAUCAUUCGUUCUGUGAUAGAACAAUAAACAUUAUAUUCUAUUUAUCUAUUUAUUGAGUAUUUAUCUUAUAAACGCAUUCUUGUAUGAAGACAUUGAUGAGAAUGUAUGCGUAUGUCAUCCAUGAAAAGCGAUAAAUACUACUUCAGUGUAAGACCUUUCAUAACCUCACGAGACAAAAUUAAUUCUAAAAGGAUUUAUAUUUAUAUAUAUAUAUAUAUCUUCGAAAAGAGUUUCAAUCGCUACCACAUGUUGAGAACUAAAACUAGCAAGGUUAGAAGGGAGCAUGUCAUAAUUCUCCAGGUCCCUAUUUGACUUAUAUCUAUUAUAUAGAUAAAAUAAAUUACUUUUCUAUUCCUUAAUGAUACAAAGUAAACGUUUCCAUGGUUUCUCAACUAUCAUGAUAUUGUUUGACAAACGAAAGUCAUUCAUGACAACCAAUUUGGACGUCACAUCUGCUCAACGGAAAUAUCCAAUAACCCUUUUGAGAUGACUAAAUCACGAAAACAUUAUUAGUGAACUCUCUAUUGAACUCAGCCAAGGAUCAAAUUUACUUCCACACUGUGUUUUUGUUCUUUAAAUGUCGCUUUCUUACAGCUUACGAUACAUUGUGGUUACAUUGUCCUUCUGUAAAUUUUAGUGUUUACGCUUUUGGUAAUCCUGGAGAAAGCCAAUAUCUAAAUGUAGAAUUCAGCGUGCCAAACACUGUAAGCUAUAGAAGGUGUUCCAUGGUGUCGAGAGUAUGGAUGUGACGGUGUGUGUUGCAUGUCGUGUGUAAGGAAGACUUCUGUAAAUCUUAAUCUAUGAUGUGAUUUUCGUCAAAUGAUCGUGAAAUUUUUAAAUAUAAAUCAUGAAAACUGUAUGUCACUGAAUUAAACCCUUUGAUUCUGUGAA